AUGUCUGAAUCGGAAAUCUCUCCCAAACAUGGGGAACAUACAACUAUCACAAGCGUCGAUAUUGACCCACGGGCAGAGCGGGCCCUGGUCUGGAAGUUCGAUCUCCGUUUACUUCCCAUGCUGGCUAUGAUGUACCUUUUCAACAGUCUUGAUAAGUCCAACUUGGGUAAUGCGAAAACAGCACAUCUGGAAGAAACAUUACACCUUGUCGGUAACCAAUACAGUACCAUUCUUAGUAUCUUUUAUGUCCCCUAUGUGCUCACGGCCCCAUUUCUGGGUCUGUUGGGCAAGAAGUACGGCCCCAACGUUGUAUUACCAUGCAUGAUGUGCGCAUUCGGUCUCUGCACCGUUCUCAUGGUCGCGGUGAAAAACUUCAGCGGCUUACUUGCCAUUCGCUGGUUCUUGGGUAUGGCCGAGAGUGCUUUUUUCCCUUUGGUCAUUUACUAUCAGACCACUUUCUACCGUCGAGGCGAAUUGGCCCGUCGUCUUGCCAUUUUCUACGCCGCCCAAAACAUUGGCUCCGCCUUUUCGGGCUUACUUGCCUUUGGUGUCUUCCAAAUCAAGACAGGGCCCCUUGCCUCGUGGCGCUAUCUCUUCCUGAUCGAAGGUGGCGCAACUCUAAUCUGCGCUCUGUUCGCACUGUGGUAUCUCCCCCGAUCGGCCGCAGAGGCAACCUUCUUAACACCAGAAGAAAAAGAGCUCGCAUAUCUUCGCCUACAGAUCGAUAGUUCGGCUGUCGUGAACGAGAAGUUGAAUAUUCGAGAUGCCUUCCGCAUUUUCAAACACUGGACCAGCUGGGUCAUUCUGGCUAUUGAAAUGUGUCUUGGUGUUCCCCUUCAGGGUGUAUCCCUCUUCCUGCCUGUGAUUAUUGAGCGUCUCGGCUACAGCACUGUGAAGACGAACCUGUACACCGUUGCCCCCAAUGUCUCCGGUGCGGUUGUGUUGCUUAUUCUGGCAUUCUGUAGCGAUUGGACAAGAUGGCGGUUCCCGUUCAUCGCUUUGGGAUUCUUGUUCACUUUCGUUGGAAUGGUGAUCUAUGCCGCCAUUGACGUUAGUCAUGAUGUCAAUAUUGCCUACUUUGCCUCUUUCCUCAUGUGUUGGGGCACAUCCGCCCCGUCUGUUCUGCUGGAUGUUUGGUAUAACAACAACAUUGCGAAUGAGGGUCAGCGUGUCGUCUUGACGAGUAUUGCCGUCCCCGUGGCUAAUAUGAUGGGUGUUGUUGCUUCAAACAUCUUUCGCAGUCAGGAUGCACCGAAAUACAUCCCUGCGUUGGUGACCACCGCUGCCUUUGGUGGCGUUGGAAUCAUUUUGACCAUUUGUCUGGGGCUUUGGAUGAUGUGGGAUAACAAACGGAGAGAUCUAGCUCAGGGUGUGCAUGUACAAGCCAAGGAUAUCCCAACGGAGAACCUUAGGGAUGGACCUGCUGGUGAAUGUUUCCGCUGGUUUUACUAA